GCCUGCCAGACAGACCGGGCAGCUUCCGUCUGCGAAGCAUGUCUCCGAUAAACGGCAGUUCGCAAUGCCGCGAUUCGUACCCCUGCAUUCGCUCAUGCAUGUCUCACCGUCUUGCUGCUUACUCAGACAGCCUCGUAGUGGCAUAGUUGCUCUGGCCGUCGCAAAGCCAGUUUUGAUGCAUCGUGUCAAGUUCCAAUCCGUUCAAUCGUUCACUUCUUUCGUUUUUCCGCCGCAGAUCUGCAGUGUUAAGAAACCGUCAUCUUUGAGGUAUUGCCGCCGGCUCUUGAGCUACCGAACUUCCACCAAGUCUCUGCGAUGACCCCACCACCACCACCAACGUACUACAGUAUCGGGUAAAGACAUCCAAAUGGGAGAAAACACUACCCAGGAGGCCCCGUUUCCUCUCACUGAGGUGGAUAAGUGGGUGCUUUCCCAAACCGACGACGAAUUCACAUACCACACCUGGGAUGAACUCCGCAAUCUACUUCAAAACAAUGAGCUCUACCUCCUCAAGAGAAAGCCGUCCGAUCUUCGGCGGUAUAUGGAAUGGACUGCCAAAACAAAGGCCGAGUACGGCAGCAUGACCGACUACCUCGUGGCUCACCGCUUGCCCAAGGCCUGGGGGCCGCCGCCCUUUACGCCGGCCUCCGAAACACCGUUUGCCGACCCGUCCGACUACCGGGUGCUGGUCAACGACUGGCCCUACGGCUUCGCGCCGGGCAUCGCGCACAUUGUCGUGUGGUCCCGGACCCGGAUCCCGACGGAUGCCGAGGUCGGCGACCUGACGCCCGAGAGCAGGGAGACGGUGGCGCAGUUCGUAAAGCGGUAUUUUGUAGACAGCCUCGGACCUGGUGGCGAGGACAGGGUCAUGUGGUUCAAGAACUGGGUGGCGCUGCAGAGCGUGCGGACGGUGGACCACAUACACGUCCUGGUGAGGGAUGUCGAGCCGGCCGUGCUGCAGGAGUGGACGAGAGAGCGCGAAUGGCAUCGGGCCCCAGUAGAUGGUCAAUCUGACGCCUAAGAAAUAGACAUUUGGAA